CUGUUUUCUUCAACAUUAUCUUAUAUUGAGAACAUAAUGAGACUUAUGGGACUGUGGCAGUUAACCAAGACAUCCCUCAGACAAAGGGAAACCUAUUAGAAAUCCUGAUCGGAGUUUUUCUCCCUAAUGUGCUCUCUUUUUCUCUUGACCAUCAGGACACCCAUCCUCACCACCUGUAGUGGACACCCUGCAAGGUAAAGUCCUCGGGAAGUACUUCAGCUUAGAAGGAUUCCCCUUUGCCAACCCCCCUCUCGGAUCUCGGAGGUUUGUUCCACCACAGCCUGCAGAGCCCUCCUAUGUAAGUCACAAGAGUGGACCUGUACCUCUUUUGGAGGAAACCUGCCUCACAGUGACAUAGGAACGGCUCAACACUGUCCUCUACCUGGCUUCUACUUUGUUCUAAAAUCAGUAACAUUAUGGAAGACUUCAGCCUCCCCAAGUCCCUGCUCUGCUUUUCAGAGGGUCUUUUUCUCUGAGUGCCUGCAGAAUGUGUUUUUUCACCCCUAACAAAAGUCUUUCAACUCCUAGAAAUAAAAGAACAUUGUGGAUAUCAUUCUGCAGUCAGUUGCCUGGACUUGCCUUGUGUUGAAGUCGGGGAAUGUCUGAGAUGGAAAUGGAUGCUGCCAAUAAGAAUAGCUGGUGGAUGAUCCCUGAAAACUUUGAGUCUCCAUUCAUGUUCUUCAUAGAUGAGGACCAGGAGCAGCACAUAUUUGGCCAUGGUGACAAAUACCUCAGAUGCAUUGAGGAACACAGCAGCACCUUCAUUCAACUGGAGGGAUGGUUCACAGCUUCAGGCCAGACUCGAGUCACAGUGGUGGGACCAUUCAGAGCAAAGCAUUGGUUGGUGGAUAUGAUUUGGAACCUGUGUAACCAGGAAGCUUACCACAGGGCCCGAGGCCAAGAGAUGUUGGAUCUUGUCCGGAAGCAGCCUCUGACCAGAGCUCACUUGGAUGCCUCCCUCACAGUGCAGGCACUUGACUGGGGCCUGUUUCUUGAUAUCAAGGAUUUAGUUACCACCUGGGACUGAUCUACCCUGGGAAACAAGGAUGUGACAGUUUUGACCAGCCUUUAAGAGAAACUAAAGGGACCUGGCAUGGUGCACUAUCCUGAGGGAAGACUCGGGUGCAAGUAUCUGAGGGACAUCUCCCAAGCAUAAGGCUUUUCUGUAAUGGCAAAGGUGCAAUAAAACAAUGCCUUGCAUGUGUUAAUCUCUAAAAAAAAAAAGAACAUUGUGGACACUUAAAACUGCCUAGCCUCCUAGAACCCUUUCUCCGUAGUGUACUACUUGAACUCCCACUACUUUAUAUGUUUUUGUUAUUUAUUUAAUGAGUGCUUACUACAGAAAAGUUAGGAAAUACAAGAUCUGAAGCUGAGGAAUGUGACUCCACACAGGUUACUACUCAGAAACAGCUGUCACUGCCAUCGACAUAUUUCCAGUCUCUUGUCUGUCACAGGCCUCUAUCGCUCUGAUGAAUGCCUCUCUCACUGACGAGUAUGCUGGGCAGCUUCAGUCACCCUCUGCCACUGACUCUCAGAUUGUUGCUUUUAAUCGCCUUAAUUCCAGCAUCACACUGCAUUAUACGAACCGAGUCUUUAACAUAUGAUCAGGAUGAACUGUUGGAACUACUCCUCGUAUUCAUGAAUACAUUAGGAUAAGUCCCACGUAAUAGAAUUAUUGAACCUAAACAAUGAACUUAUUCUUAAAAUUUCCCUAGAGCUUCUCCAUUAACAAACCAUGCCCAAACAUUAGACUUACUGAAAUAUUUUUAUUCUGCCUUUGG